UGAUUCUUUUAUUUUAAAAAAUAAAAAAAAUUCUCGUGUGAAGGAAUCCUUGAAUUUCAAAUCACAGAGAACUUUUGACCGUUGCGUUACUAUCAACGCUGUCUGUGUGGCCUUUCUGAUUUCAGAUUGUUACCAUACACGCAGCAUCAGAAUCUGCAUCAGUAAAGUUACAGCGGCAGGGGCUGGGCGGCGGAUUAGACCGAGAGAGACACUAGUUCCCGAAGACAAUCUGUGUCGCCCAAGCGGAGACUGUACAAUAUGAUGGAUCAUCGCGACACCACCAACACCAAUAACUGUAACCCUUAUCUCCAACUUUCUCCUCUUCCUGCAAACGGACAGGUCCGCCAAGGCAGAAGACCGAUGGACAAGAUAUGUGAUUCGUUGAAUCGGUUUGGGAAGAGGUUUGAAGAUGCCACCAGAAAAGCUGAGAGUUAUGCUGGCAGCAUGUGGCAUCACCUCAAAACUAGCCCUAGUGUGAGUGAUGCAGCAAUGGCAAGGCUUGCUCAAGGGACAAAGGUGCUAACAGAAGGAGGACAUGAUAAAUUAUUCCAACAGACAUUUGGGAUCAUACCAGGAGAGAAACUGUUAAAGACCUUUGCUUGCUAUCUCUCUACGGCCCCUAGACCUGUGAUUGGCACACUGUAUAUAUCCACCCAAAAAAUAGCUUUUUGUAGUGAUAAUCCCCUCUAUCAGUAUCUUCCCACAGGACAACCACAGUGGAUAUAUUACAAGGUGGUGGUGCCGCUUGACCAGCUUGGGGCAGUGAAUCCUUCUUCAGACAGGUUGAAUCAUUCAGCAAAGUACAUCAACAUUGCAACAAGAGAUAGCCAUGAGUUCUGGUUUAUGGGGUUUAUAUCCUACGAAAAAGCACUGAAGCAUUUAACCGAAGCUUUGCAGCACUCUCAUGACAGUAACCUUGCUAUGAUUAAUCUAAAUGCACUUCCCCGUUGAUCAAUAAACUGCGAUUUGAUUUGUGAUUACUGCUACCGGCCUUCCUCCUGGUUGUCGAGUGCUGGUAAGGGAUAGAAGUAAAAGAGAGAUUUGUGAUUACUGCUUUGGAAUAUAUACCAAGAGGCAAGAGCUACUCGUAGAACUGUUUGAAGAUGGUCAUCAGUUUCUUUGUAAAGUACAUAUUUGUAAUUCGG